AUGGGUCGAGAAAAGGUCACUCCAAGCAGCAAUCCUCGCAAGGAUGCCCUUAACUGGGUGACCAAAAAUGGCGAACAUACUCUCAAGGUGGAAGAGUUCAUCGAGGCCGGCAGACCAAGUGGAGCCGACUCGCACAGCUCCUAUGUGACGCAUCAUACCAUGCCCAAUGGACAAGAAUCGUACGCAGCUGCCAUCAAGGGUGUCUCCGGCCACGUUGUCGAUACAGGAGAGUCAUUUACUAUCCGCGACGACUACGAUUUUGCCGAACCCUCUGAUAAGGGAAAGGGGUAUCAUGUGAAUGCACAACUGGGCAAGGAGACAGCGGCCUUCACCUCGGGCCAGAAUAGCGCUACGGCGUAUUAUGAUCGGACGAAUAUGACGGGUGAGAGGUUGUAUUUCGACGGGGAGAAGGCUGCUGCCUCGUGGUAUACGCAGGGUCAUUCGAGCUGA